AAAGGCAUGGGUUCUGUACUUCUGUAAACUAUUUUUUCCUAAUUACUAAACUGAAAUCGGAGUCUCUGUUGUGUCUUCUCCCGCUGGCGCCACUGGCAUUUUGUAAACUGUACUAGUGUCUUGGCCGCCGACAGCGAGGCGCCCAUGGAAUUGACAACUUCCGGUUGUCGUUCACCGUCGAAGAAGAGAAGCUCGAAACCUCCUACGACUAUCGAGUCUCUCGAUCGCGACAUCCUUUGUACAAUCUUCUCAUCUCUCGAUCUCUUCGACCUCGUUCGAUGCUCUCUCGUUUGCAAGUCCUGGAAUGCGAUAAUUAGUAGAUGUAAGUUACUGCAAGCACUGUAUUACAAGCUGCAGAAUGAUUCACGUGGCUUUUCCAAUACUUCGAGAUCGAGUUCUUCAAUGAGGAUGUAUCUAGAGGAGCUUGCUAUGAACCAUCAUAGGUUGUCUUUGGUCGAAGGACGCAUUGACAUCAAUCAAUGGAAUGGCCAUUCAUCCCCGGUUGAUCAGUGCCGUAUGAAGAGAGGCUUGGUUCUUACUGGUGUAGGUGAUCAGGUUAUGCGUCUCUGGUCAUUAGAAAGCUACAAAUGUGUGGAAGAGUAUUCCAUCCCAGGUAGAGUCUCGCUGGUCGACUUUGAUUUUGACGAGAGCAAGAUUGUUGGGUUGGUUGGCACUCGUAUAUGCAUAUGGAGGCGUAAUGGCACAAUGAGUGUAUUUCCCUCACGUGAAGGAACAUUCAUGAAGGGUUUAUGUAUGCGUUACUUUGAUCCAGAGGCUGUCAUUGGAUGUGAAGAUGGAACUGCCCGUGUGUUUGACAUGUAUAGUAGGAAAUGUUCUCGUAUCAUUAGGAUGCAUGCUGCACCUGUAACAUGCUUGUCUUUGAGUGAGGAUCAGUUAAUUAUUAGUGGAUCCUCCAAUGGCAGUAUCACUAUUUCUGGUCUCUCAUCUGAUCAGCGGGUAGCUAAACUAAGAUCAGCUUAUUCGACAGGUAUAAAGACCUUGUGUUACAAUCCACGUUCUCAUCAAGUGUUUGCUGGAACUACUGCUGGAUACGCUGCUUGCUGGGAGCUUAGGACAAUGAAACCUUUAUGGGAGGCUCGAGUAAGUCCAAAUGUUAUUUACUCUUUGCAACACCUACAACAUGAUGCAUCAACAAUAGUAGUUGGUGGAAUAGAUGGUGUGCUACGUGUGCUGGAUCAGAAUACCUGAGAGGUUCUUUCAAGCUGUGUCACAGACAUUAGCGCAGUAUCAAGUUCCUCGGAAAACAUGUCUCCGGCAGUUGAAAGAAAGAAAGGAGUAAGACUCUCAGAAGAUACCCGUAUCGACAGAAUUCCCAGAAGCACUCGACCUCCCAUCACAUGUUUGGCUGUUGGGAUGAAAAAAGUUGUCACCACGCACCAUAACAAGUACAUUAGACUGUGGAAGUUCGACUUGUGAGAGGAAAGUGCUUGACAUCUGCCUGAGUCGGACUUCUGAUCUUGAUAUACCUUCAAAUGUAUCUGUAUAAAUGGUCACCAAAUGCAGUCUUUUCCAGAACCCCUUUUACAUCCAUUUUCUUAUCCUGUGUAACCUAAUAUUAUUGAUUAUGAAGAAUGUUAUUGACUGCAGCUGAACCGUUAAAUUAAA